GGUGGGAGAGAGUUCUCGUCCCCAGAAGGUGCUCUAUUCUCUGGCAAAUCCUGUGUCCCCCUGAAACAUGCAAAGGAUUCAGGAUGUGUUGGGGUAUGAAAGGCUGACACAGCUCUUGCCCACCAUGAAACUGGAUGGCCGAGUCAUUACAGCUAUCCUCUGUGGCUGUGGAGCUGGCUUCCUGCUGCGGAAAUGGCUCUUAAGGAGACAACUUCGGAAGAAGAUUGCCAAGGCCCAGGAGCAGAGAGCACGCUUGCUGGAGCAGAUGAAGUCUGCAGUGCGCCGCUUCAAGCAUAAGCAUGCAGAUAUCCAGUCUGAGUCUAUCCUCUCUCUGUCACUGCUGGAACUGAGUGAGAAGCUCCGGGAAGGUGCCUUGAGCCCAGAAAAUGUCCUCUACACCUACAUGGAGCAGGCACUAAAGGUAAACAAAGAGCUGAACUGCCUAACAGACUUUAUUCCAGACUGCGAAGAGCAGCUUAAAGAACUUCCUAAGGGAAAAGAAAAGGGACUUCUCUAUGGAGUUCCCGUCAGCUUGAAGGAGCACUUUGAUUACAAGAAUCAUGUCUCUAGCUGUGGCCUGGUGAGCUUUCUUGGAAUUCCUGCAAAAGAUGACUGUGUGAUUGUGAAAGUGUUGAAGAGCCAAGGGGCCAUCCCCUUUGUCAAGACCAAUGUUCCACAGACCAUGAUCAGCUACGACAGUAGCAACGUGAUCUUUGGAAAGACUCUACAUCCCCAAAACCCCAAGAAAAGUCCUGGGGGUUCCUCCAGUGGGGAAGGAGCACUGAUUGCUGGAGGGGGUUCUAUCUUGGGCUUGGGCAGUGAUUUGGGUGGAAGUAUCCGCGUACCUUCUAGUUUCUGUGGUAUUUGUGGUUUCAAGCCUACGGGAUCUAGACUGAGCUUGCUUGGCAUGUCUGUUCCCAUGGACGGCAUGGACACUGUGACUGGUACCUUGGGGCCGAUGGCCAGGGAUGUGGACAGCCUAGCCUUGUGCAUGAGGGCACUGCUGUGUGAGGAACUAUUUCAUCUAGAUCCCUCAGUGCCACCUCUCUCCUUCAACGACGAGGUGUACUCCAGCUCCAAGCCCCUGCGUAUUGGCUAUUAUGAAUCAGAUGGUUUUAGCCAACCAACUCCCAGUAUGAAGAGAGCUGUCCAGCAGACCAAGCAACUAUUAGAAAAGGCAGGACAUAAGCUCAUUCCCUUCUCUGUUCCACGAACUGAUCACAUGGUUUAUGAACUCUUUUUCGGAGGCAUUUUUGCAGAUGGAAUAGAAACCUUACAUGAUGUGUUGAAAAAUGAAAUGAUUGAUCCUUGCAUAGGCUAUCUAUUCAAACUGAGCUCUUAUCCAGCACUCAUCAAGCGGAUUCUCUCCUUCCUGUUAAAACCCAUGUUCCCACGGCUGGCCAAAUUCUUAGAGAAAACCUGCGGCGUUGGGUCAGUGAAGAAGCUCUGGAAGCAACAGUACGCUCUGAAGACUUAUCAGCAUGAAUUCAUUGACAAGUGGACAUCCUUGGAGUUGGAUGUUAUUCUCUGUCCUGCUGUAUGUCCAGCCUUCAACUUGGCUUCUAGUGGGAUUCUCCUUGGUGUUACAUCCUAUACUUUCCUUUACAAUGUGCUGAACUUCCCUGCGGGAAUUGUCCCCGUUGGCACAGUGACAAAGGAAGAUGAGGAGGAGCUGAAACAAUACCGAGGAUACUACCAUGACUUUUGGGAUACAACACUCCGGAAGAUUGUUGAGGGAGGAGUGGGGCUUCCCACUGCAGUGCAGUGUGUGGCUUUACCAUGGCGGGAUGAGCUGUGUCUGCGCUUGAUGAAGGAGGUGGAGACAGUGACCCAAGAAUGGAGAAGACACAAGUGAAACCUAGGCCACUGAAGGACUGUCUUCCCCAAGCUUCACAACACUGAGCUUGAAAUGCAGCCGCCCCUGCUCCACCCCACAACCCUCGGAGGCCAUCUAAUCUAUUUCUUUCCCCAGGUACUC